AUGCCUAGGCGAUUCUCCGAAUCAUGCCUCUUCGAGCCUACAGAAGAUGUUUCGCAUUCUCCAAAUAAUGAAGCUUCCGCUUCUCAAGCCCAAAACUCAUAUUCGGAUAGCUCGCCAAAAUCUCAUAAAUUACGCAUCAAACAAAUUUCAGAAUCGCAAUCUAUUCCUAACACUCCUAAUUUACCUGAAGAAUCAUCAGAACAAAAUACAGACUUACAGAAAACAAAAAUCCCUGAAAUAGACGUACAGCCGUUGAUAGAAGAAUUAAGAAUAGAACCUUUAGUGGAAGAUACCGUUAAAGUUGUUAAUGUUGAUAAAAUUUCUACAGAUAAGCAAUCACUCGCAAUCGAAUUGGUCCAUCUAUUUGAAAAAAUAAGCUUGGCAGAAAAUAAUACUAAACGAGCCAAGGUGGAAGAAAUUACGAGCUGGUACCAAUAUAGAAAGCAUUUCGAAAAAAGACUUGAUGAUAUCUUACCCGAAAACCAAAGAAAUGAUAAGAGAGCCUAUGAUUUAGCAAACGAAGAAAUACCCGAUUCAGAAGUAUCAGAGUUAGUAUCUGAUUCCGAUUCUAUAAUAGAAUACUUGACCUUAUUUUUCUUGCUUUUAUUUUGCUGUAAGCGGGAAUUAGAAGAACCCGACUGA